AUGAUGCAGUUUGGGCUGUCCAUCGCUCAGAUCAUAGCCGCAGGCUUGACCGUCGGUUUGACCACUGCGUUAUCACCGCGCACAAAAAUCAACGAUGCAUACGACUUCGUGAUCGUCGGUGGAGGUCAAGCUGGUCUCGUGCUGGGCGCCCGUCUUUCGAAUUCAAACCACACCGUGCUGGUCUUAGAGUCCGGUGGUGAUGGAGAUGAGUAUCGUACUCGCAUAGAUACCCCGGCCGACUCCUAUUUUGACUCGCUGUGGACAACGCCUUUGAACUGGGAUUUCUAUACCGCCAAGCAACCCAAUGCAGAGAACCGUGAGAUCGAAUGGCCUCGCGGCAAAGUUCUCGGAGGUUCGUGUUCUUACAUCACUUCGGAAUCAUGGACCAAACUCACCGGAAAUGCAGGUAGUUCCGCCAUUAACGGACUGUACAUGACUCGCCCUGGAAAGGACGAGAUCAAUGCCUGGCAAGAAAUGCUCGGUGAUAUGGACGGCGCCGACAAGUGGUCUUGGGACUCUUUCUACGCAGCACUGAAGAAAAGCGAGACGUUCACACCGCCGAGUGAUGCCAUCGCUGAACAAGGUGGAAUCACCUGGAACGCGUCUGACCACGGGACAGAGGGCCCAAUCCACGCCUCCUAUCCUGACUACACAUUCGACCAAGUCGGUGAUUGGUCAACAUCUUUGCAAAAGAUCGGCGUCGACAUUUCCAGCAAUAUGUACGGCGGAGAUGUAUGGGGAGCGGAAGUUUCGACUUCUUGUAUCAACCCCUCCAACUGGACUCGAUCAUACAGUCGGACUGGAUACCUUGACCCUCUUCCAGACCGCACCAACUACGAUGUAUUGGCCAAUGCACACGUCACCCGGCUGGUAUUCGACAAUUCUACUUCGACCAACCUGACAGCUAGCUCUGUUGAGUAUACUUCCGACAAUGGAACCACAAUUUCCAGCGUCAAAGUGAAGAAAGAGGUUAUUCUCGCGAGUGGCAGUGUUGGUAGCCCAGCAGUGUUGCUUUACAGCGGUGUUGGACCGAAAGACGUUCUCUCCGACGCGGGUGUUGACCUUGUCUCCGAGCUCCCCGGUGUUGGCCAGCAUCUCCAGGAUCACAUUAGUGCCACUGUGAUGUGGAGCACCAACGUGGACACUGCAGGAUCUAUCUGGUAUGAGGACGGUGCGGACAAGACUAAAACAAACUACCUUUCGUACAUCGACGAUGCCAUUGCAUAUGUGAACUCCACUGGUCUAUAUGGCAGCAAGGUCGACGAGUACGAGAAGAAGUUCCUCGCCGAUAUGGACAAGUACACUCCGAAUACCACAAGCGACGAUGGCGUUAUCGCCGGCUACAAGGCAAUCUACAACACGACCGCAUCGAAGAUCUUCCAAAGUCCAAUGGGCCAAAUCGAGCUUCUGUUCAUGAACAGUGACGCAAGUGGGGAUAUCGGCAUUAGUGCAGCGCUGCAGCACCCCUUCAGUCACGGUCGAAUCUACAUCAACUCUUCAAACCCGAUCGACUACCCCGUGAUUGACCCGAACUACUUUGCUAAUCCAUCCGAUAUCGAGAUGCUUCUCGAGGGCAUCAAGAUGGCCCGCAAAGUCGGCGAAACCACACCGAUGAGCAACAAUCUCACCAAAGAGACCGCCCCCGGCUCAUCCGUCCAAACCGACGACGAAUGGAAGCAGUGGCUCCGCGAACAGGCCAGCACCGAAUUCCACCCCUCCUCGUCUUGCGCAAUGCUUCCCAAGGACCAAGGUGGCGUGGUUGACGCCAAGCUCCGCGUUUACGGCCUUGCAAAUGUGCGUGUCGCAGACGCUAGUAUUGUCCCUAUCGCUCUGUCAUCGCACCUGAUGGCCUCGACAUACGGUGUCGCCGAACAGGCCAGCACCAUUAUUCUUGAACAUUAUGAUCCCUCCUCCUCGACAGACCCUGCUUUCAGUGAGUCCAACGUUACUACCACGACGGGUACCACUGCCACACCGAAGAGUGACAAGAAAAACGCUGCUAUCAAGGCCUUCGGAGGUUUGUCGAGCUCAUGGAUGUCUUCUGCGUUUGUGUCUUUGUACUUUGGCAUCAUUUUCAACAUUUUGCUCUAG